AUGUUCCUAGCAGCUUCCGGAUCCACAGCACCUCGACAGCAGGAAAACGGCUGCAUGACAGAAGGAUUUGCAAGUGCCUACUCGAAGAAGGCAAAGGGUCAGGUCUCACCGCGCGCCGCGAAGCAGGUCAAGCGUGCUGAUGUCAAGCCGCUUCUCAAGUUCGAGGAGAAAGGAUCUGGUGGAUCCAAUGAGGUAUCAAAUCUGAUUUGCUUGCCAGACGCGGAGAUGUGA